ACUGUGGGAAGCAAGGAGGGGCAAAACACGUUUCUACUUCCGGUGCAUUCUGUUCUCGCGUUUCCGGAGCCUGGAAAGGCUGGAGGGAUAUCGCGAGAGGCGGGAAAGGGCGCACGGUUUGAAACAUGGCGGACGACGUGGACCAGCAACAGACUACCAACACUGUAGAAGAGCCCCUGGAUCUUAUUAGGCUCAGCCUGGAUGAGCGAAUUUAUGUGAAAAUGAGAAAUGACAGAGAGCUUCGAGGUAGAUUACAUGCUUAUGAUCAACAUUUAAAUAUGAUAUUGGGAGAUGUGGAAGAAACUGUGACUACUAUAGAAAUUGAUGAAGAAACAUACGAAGAGAUAUAUAAAUCAACAAAACGGAAUAUUCCAAUGCUUUUUGUCCGGGGAGAUGGUGUUGUGCUAGUUGCCCCUCCAUUGAGAGUUGGCUGAAACACAGAAUUUUCCUGUGUGGAAAUUAGGAGACUUUAUAUGAUUGCGUCUUCAAAAGUAGAAGAUACUCAAAAGAGAAACGUGCGUAAUUUUUGAUAUUAAGAAGUGACCAUGGAUUCUUCCACUCCUGAAUUGAGUUGAUUUGAACAUAACUCACAAAUUCUUAAAAAUGGAAUUUUUAUUUUUCUCCUACCCUUCGAAUAAAUAUGAUUACCACGAUACAACCCUCUUUUUUUAGGAGUUGAUUUGCUCCAUUGAUUUUUUUCAGACCAUUUCUGAUUUUUUUAAUUUAAAUUAAAUUCGAUGCUUUCUUUUUGAUUUUUUUUAAUGCCGUCUCCUGUCUUGUGAAUUCUUUAAAGGAAGCACAUGUCUUACAUUCAUUGUAUUUGUACACAUGUAGUGCAUCGACCGUGUUUGAGGCACCAGGCUGAGUACUGUCAAUAUGCUUCUUUUCCUCGAGUCUUCUGAGAAGGCAGUUGUUUAAACCAAUAAUUGCAGGACAGUGAGAUUAGUGCUGACAUAGUAAUGCAUAUAUAGGAUGCCAUAAGACAAAGAAGAGCACCCAAAUCAGAAGGGAGGAGGGAGUGGGGGAAGUGAUGUGUCAUUGUAAACAUUAACAUUGCAGUGAAGGAUGAAGCAUGAUAUCUGUUACUUCUGUCUGGCCUGAUUUAUUUCUAGGGUUAAUCUUCAGUGGUUAUAUACCUGUGUGGUUCAGCUUGGUCAUAUCUACCAAUAGUACACAUAGUUAAUACUCAAAGAAACCAUUUUUCCAUUCUUGGAUCAUAGCCCAUUAAUGAUGAGAGGACUAAAACAACCUGUCUCAGUGCGACAAUAAAACAAAGUGGUAAAAAG